AUGUCAUCACUAAUUCAAUCAAAACACACUUCUGUUCAAAACACCACCAGAAAACCAACGAAUGUAUUUCAUGGAAGAGUUGUUUAUAGUUACAACCCACAAAAUGAAUCUGAAUUGAAAUUAGAAAAAGGAGAAUGGAUCACAGUUAUUUCUACUGAUGGAGAAUGGUGGGAAGGAGAAAGUAAAGGGAAAAUAGGAAUAUUUCCAUCUCAUUAUGUUGAACGAGAUGUUAAAAUCAACUAA